UUGAUGCCGUCCUCCUUUUUUUUCCUCUCAACAAACAACCCUCUAUAAAACCCCACAUUUCAACCACCCCAACCUUUCAAAAUCCUUCUCCCUCUUUUUUCUCUCUCCUAAAAACUCUCUCCCAAAAAAUAUCAAAAAAUGACUCAAACUGGCGGCGCGUCAUUCUCACUCGCCUCUGAAUCACCUAGUUUCACUUCCUACUCCUCCGAAAACAUCGCUGAUAUUGCCGCUCGAGUCCUCAAGGAGCUCAACUUAUCCCACGACGAUCCUUUUGAUGACGAUUUCUACUCUUCCGACGCCUUUAACGCCGCCGUUGAUGACACUCCUCAGCCGCCUCUCGUAAACGACACCGCCAGACCUCAAAACGACAAUCAAACCAACGACAGCGACGAUGACGAUAAAGAUAUUGAAGAACAUUCUGAUGACGAGAGUGAAUUUGAGUUCGCGAUUUUAACCGGAGAGGAUAAUUCAUCCCCGAUUUCAGCAGAUGAGAUGUUCGACAACGGUCAAAUUAAGCCGAUGUUUCCCGUAUUCAACACAGACUUAAUCUACGGAUACACCAGUGAUCUUCCUCAAACAACCGUUCGAUUACCUCUGCGAAAGUUGUUGGAGGAGAGAGAAAGUGGAAGCGGAAAUGGUGCCGCUUCGUGUUCUUCAUCCGAAGCGGAUGAUCUGGAAGGGGUCCCACCGGGAACGUACUGCGUGUGGACGCCAAAGAAGAAGGAGGAGGAGUUGAUGAUGAAGAAGAAAAGUAAAUCCACGGGGUCUUCUAGACGGUGGAGAUUUAGGGAUUUGUUACACAGGAGUAACAGUGAUGGUAAGGAUACUUUCGUCUUUUUGGCACCCUCUAUUCACCACAAAACCAUGGGAAUUGGUGGUAGUGGCGGUGUCGGUGGUAGUAGUGGUGGCGGGGAUGGGAAGAGGAGAGAGAAAGUGGUGACGGUGGGAGGGAAGAAAAAAGGUGGUGCGGUUGCUAGUAAAAAUAAAACGUAUUUACCGUAUCGUCAAGAUCUUGUUGGGUUUUUCGCUAAUGUGAAUGGGAUUAGUCGGACGGUUCGACCUUUCUAAAUGUACGAGUAAUUUUUAUUAAUUAUAACUUCCGUCCGAGAUUAAUAGUCAUGUUAAAUACGGGACGAGUAAUUAUGGAGCAAUUUAGUUGUUAAUCUCGAGAAGGUGACACCUGAUAUCGAAUCUCGUCUACAAUCUUUGUCGCAUUGCCUCCUCUGUAACUCUCUACACACAAAAAUGUUAAACACGGGACGAUCGGUGAUGUAAAUAUUCAGGGGCUUUGUUUUUUUUUUCUUUUGGGGGUUGGUUUAACUCUUGAGGUAGGCAAAUUUUUGGGACGUUUAAGUAUUAUUUGAAUGUAAAUAUUCAAGAUCUUGUUUUCUACGGAGUAAAAUGGAAAAAAAAAGAAAAAGAAGUUAAUAGUUGCAUGGAAAUGCAAAAUUGUUAUGUACUCCUAGUAGGCUACUAUACACAUGGGUUUGAUUUGUUUAUUAAUUUCCAAUUAAUUGCAAAUUACAAGAAGUAAGUACA